GAGCUGCUGGACUUCGCCUCCUCGGCCGCGAAGGGCCACGGAGGCGCCGGGGACUUCCUCCUGGGCCAGGAUGUCGCCUCGGCUGCGGCAGAGGCCUUUGAAUGCUUCGGGGGCGUGGAAGGCUACAGCGCCUACCUGCGCAACGAGGUCCAGAUCCCCGGCGCCGACGUGGCGCUCAACGGGGGCGCCGCCUGGCGCCGCCUGCUGGCGGAGAUCGAGGUGGCCAUGCGCUUGGCACGCCCCCCUGAGGAGUCCAUCAAGAACAUCUCCUUGGCCGCGAUUUGUGCGGGAGGCACUGGUGUCCAUGGGCAUCAGCGCUGGGAGGACGUCGCCUCCAAGCUGAUGCUCACCAUCGCCUUUGAGCCCUUGAUGCGGCGAUUACGCUAUGUCGCCGCCCGGGUGAUUUGGUUGCUGCGGCACCAGAAGCUGGCGGUGGCCCAGUGGAUGUCCUUCUUGGCCGAGGGCCCCGGUGCCAGGAUCUACUCGCCGCUGUUUACGCAGCACUUGGCUGUGAUGCGCUCCUCCCCGGUGGUGCGAGACCUGGUCUUUAGCGCCUAUGAUGAUGCUGUCUCCGCAGUAGGCGAACAGCUGAUGAAGAAUCUCACUGGCACACUCACGGCGGCAUGCGUCAACCCGGAGAUCAUGCUGAGGCCGCGCACGGAACCUGAGCUGGACUUGAGCAGCCUGAUCAAGAAGCCGGAGGCCCAGGAGUUGACAGCGCCGGAGCCGGCGGAGCCGGCAGCCAAGCGCGGCGCGCUGUCCCGAAGCGAGGCCAAGGGCCGCGUGCUGGUGGAGAUGCGGCGCCGCAGCGGGCCUUCUGGGGGGCUGCCGCCCAAGCUGCAGGACCGGGUCUUCGACCCCAAAGACGUGAAGUCCGCGGCACCCUUGGUGGCCCUGAAGCUGCAGCGGGCCUUCAACGUGCUGGCAGGCAUCUUGGCAACCCAAGCCUAUGCCUUUGCCGAUGCCUCCUUGGCCACCUUGUGCCGGAGACAGGUCGACGAGGCUAUGAAUGGUAUCGACUUCAACGCAGAGCAGCGGCGAGUGUUAGAGGACAGGCACACAGAGCUCCAGGAGGUUGCCUCACAGGUGGAGGGCCGCUUGGCGGCGGUGCAACGCUGCCUUACCGCGCUGAGGGCUGCGCGGUGA